CAGCUGCGCUGUCCGAGUGUGCCCCAGAAGGAGGGCAGGGGAGCACCGAUCGAAAUCUCACGUCCCGGUCGUCACACCCUAGGCUACCCACCAUGGCGCUGGGCUUGGAACAGAUGGAGGAACAGCGCUUGUACCAGCAGACACUCCUGCAGGACGGACUCAAAGAUAUGUUGGACCACGGGAAGUUCCUGGACUGUGUGGUGCGGGCAGGCGAGCGCGAGUUCCCAUGCCACCGCCUGGUCCUGGCCGCCUGCAGCCCCUACUUCCGGGCGCGCUUCCUGGCGGAGCCAGACACCGCGGGUGAGCUGCGCCUGGAAGAGGUGUCCCCUGACGUGGUGGCCCAGGUGCUGCACUACCUGUACACGUCGGAGAUCGCCCUGGAUGAAGCGAGUGUGCAAGAGUUGUUCGCCGCGGCUCACCGCUUCCAGAUCCCGUCCAUCUUCACUAUCUGCGUGUCUUUCCUGCAGAAGCGCCUGUGUCUCGCCAACUGCCUAGCCGUCUUCCGCCUCGGCCUCCUGCUCGACUGCGCGCGUCUCGCCGUGGCUGCCCGCGACUUCAUCUGUGCGCAUUUCACCCUUGUGGCACGCGAUGCCGAUUUCCUUGGGCUCUCAGCAGACGAGCUCAUUGCCAUCAUUUCCAGCGACGGCCUCAACGUGGAGAAGGAGGAGGCGGUGUUCGAGGCGGUGAUGCGGUGGGCAGGCAGCGGCGACAAAGAGGCGCAGGCGGAGCGCCAGCGCGCGCUGCCCACAGUCUUCGAGAGUGUGCGCUUCCGCCUGCUGCCGCGCUCCUUCCUGGAGAGCCGCGUGGAGCGCCACCCGCUUGUGCGCGCCCAGCCGGAGCUGCUGCGCAAGGUACAGAUGGUGAAGGAUGCGCACGAGGGCCGCAUUACCGUGUUGCGCAAGAAAAAGAAAGAAAAGGACGCCGCCGGAACCAAGACAACUGACAAGGGCACAGCGAAGAUCGAGGCCCAGAAGGAGGACCAAGAGGAGGAUGAACGUGUCCUACCUGGGAUCCUCAAUGACACCCUGCGCUUUGGCAUGUUCCUGCAGGACCUCAUCUUCAUGAUUAGCGAGGAGGGGGCCGUGGCCUAUGACCCCGCUGCCAAUGAAUGCUACUGUGCCUCCCUCUCCACCCAGAUCCCCAAGAACCAUGUCAGCCUCGUCACCAAGGAGAACCAGAUCUUCGUGGCCGGGGGUCUCUUCUACAACGAGGACAACAAAGAGAACCCAAUGAGCGCCUACUUCCUGCAGUUUGACCACUUGGACUCAGAGUGGCUGGGGAUGCCACCGCUUCCCUCACCGCGCUGCCUCUUCGGUCUGGGAGAGGCUCUCAACUCCAUCUACGUAGUCGGCGGUCGAGAGCUAAAGGAUGGCGAGCUCAGCCUGGACUCAGUCAUGUGCUACGACAGGCUGUCAUUUAAAUGGGGCGAAUCGGAUCCACUGCCUUAUGCUGUGUACGGACACACAGUACUCUCUUAUAUGGACCUUGUCUACGUCAUUGGCGGCAAAGGCAGUGACAGGAAGUGCCUAAACAAGAUGUGCGUCUAUGACCCCAAGAAGUUUGAGUGGAAGGAGCUGGCACCCAUGCAGACUGCCCGCUCACUCUUCGGGGCCACAGUCCAUGAUGGUCGCAUUUUUGUGGCUGCUGGGGUCACUGACACUGGGCUGACCAGUUCUGCUGAGGUGUACAGCAUCACAGACAACAAGUGGGCACCCUUUGAGCCCUUCCCACAGGAGCGCAGCUCCCUCAGCCUCGUCAGCCUGGUGGGCACCCUCUAUGCCAUUGGCGGCUUUGCCACGCUGGAGACUGAGUCUGGCGAACUGAUCCCUACAGAGCUCAACGAUGUCUGGAGGUACAACGAAGAAGAAAAGAAGUGGGAGGGAGUCCUGCGGGAAAUUGCCUACGCAGCCGGUGCCACCUUCUUACCUGUGCGUCUCAACGUGCUGCGCCUGACCAAGAUGUGACCAGCCCAGAGUGCCCAAAACACAUACCCCCGCAUUCUGCAGCCACAUAGGCCUGGCCUCGAGGGGGCUGAAGGGAGUAGUCUGGAAGAGGCCAGAGCCCACUUGGAUCCUGCCAUGGUGCCUAAGUGGCCACUUGGCCGGGAAAGGAAACUGCUGC